CCCUCUCUGGGGGCCCCCGGCUCCAGGUCCACACCUGGAGGGCUCCCGGAAAGCGGCGGAACUCCCCGCACCGAGCGAGCGCUCACGACCCGCAGGGCAGCCCCGGACGCCUCCGCCCGCCCGCAGCUGUCGUUGCCUUCCUUAAAAGGCGGGGGCCGGGCGGCGCCGGGGGAGGGGCUGCGGCCGCCCGGCCCCCUCCGGGCUCCCGAGCAGCGCCGGCCGGCCCCGAGUGCAGCGCAGCCGCCGCGGAGCGAGGAGCGCGGGGAGCCGGCCAUGGGCAAGUCAGCUUCGAAACAGUUUAAUGAGGAGGUGCUGAAGGCUCACAAUGAGUACCGGCAGCAGCACGGCGUGCCCCCGCUGAAACUCUGCAAGAAGCUCAACCGCGAGGCUCAGCAGUACUCCGAGGCCCUGGCCAGCACGCGAAUCCUCAAGCACAGCCCAGAAUCCAGUCGUGGCCAAUGUGGGGAGAACCUCGCCUGGGCGUCCUACGAUCAGACAGGGAAGGAGGUGGCCGACAGGUGGUACAGCGAGAUCAAGAACUACAACUUCCAGCAGCCGGGCUUCACCUCAGGGACAGGACACUUCACCGCCAUGGUAUGGAAGAAUACGAAGAAGAUGGGUGUGGGGAAGGCGUCAGCGAGUGACGGCUCCUCCUUCGUGGUGGCCAGAUACUUCCCAGCUGGGAAUGUCGUCAACCAGGGCUUCUUCGAGGAAAACGUCCUGCCUCCAAAGAAAUAACAGGUGCAGCGUGACCAGAAGGUGUGAGACCUGAGCCUGUGGAUAUGAAGUGCCUCCAACGCCAAAACCCCAGCUGUGUGUCCGUCCCUGUGUGUGCGGUGCGUGUGCGCAUCUCUCGUACACACACCCGGAGACACAGUUCUGCACCAGCUCAUUCUUCCUCCAGGAAUAAGCAGAGGAAGCCUUUGCCCUGGUGGUGGUGAGCUAGACCACAAUUUUUUGGAUUUGGGGUGGGAGGGGGAAGUCAAUUUGUAAACAUGUUUUGGUUAUCUUGUAAGCAAGCUUCUUUUGUAUCUUUCUUCUAAUACCCAUCCUUGGACUUUUUUGUAUUCCAACGAUUUGUGAUGCCAAGAAGAGAAGUUCACAUCUCGUG